AUGGUGCGGGCGUGGUCUUUGAGCUCCCUCUUGCUGCUUCUUGCCGUUUCUCUGUGCGCCAGCCCGACCUCAGGUGCCGAGGAUGUAAUGGCGGCGGCGGAGGACCCAGCCCGCAAUCUGGCAUGCCUCCUCAAGUACGGCUCUAUCACGGCCACCGACUACUGCCUGUGCGUCGCCGGCGUGACCGACAACUUUGCCUGCAGUUACGACUGCUCGUGCGAUGUUCUUGGCCUGCAGUGCAAUGCCUCCACUUGCCAGCUGUCGAAGCAAAUGAUCGGGCUGCUGGUGUUUGCUGUCUUUGCUUCCCUGGUGGGCGUAAGCAGCUGCGUCGUGCUGUGCUGCUAUCUCAGCAGGAACAGGAGGCGGCACACGAACUACUACAUUGUCCAGCACACCACCGAGUUGCCAAUCUACGAGCCACACCACCACAAGCACCAGCACCACGCGCACCUCCAGCACCAGCCCAGCAACUACUGA